GAAUUUCUCGCACCUGCAGUUUCUCGUAUACGCAACCUCUGUUUUAUUACUCGUGCUGUGCAGCGUCUCAGCAGGAUAAAGCUUUUCCAUAUCAGCCAUAUCGCUUUCUUGGCAAUAUUUGAAAAUAAUUCCAGAAGUUGAGCAACCCUCAAAAUUUUUGCAAAAACAACUCUUGUUGACGUGCUUUGGCGUUUGCGAUGUCACAAGUUGGAAGUUAUGCGAUUUUGUCCUUCGACCCCCCCUUCAACACUUUAAAGCUGCAGUAUUGUCAGUAUCCAGCCAGCAGCAGUAGCUACCAUGGCUGACAAGCGGCCUCAGUGGGAGGAUUUACUCGACGAGGUCCCCGACUUGACUCCCCGCCAGCGGGCAUUGGCCAAAGUACGCCUAGUGCAGCGUUAUCCAAACGAAUCAGAAAGGCUGGUGGCUUUGGUAGAACCUCAGGACGCGAGGAAAAAUGUACUCCUAGCACUUGAUGAGUGGACCAUCUGGGAUGAGCUCUGCUUCAUUUUCUCGUUCGGGACACGUGUGUCCCAGCCCAGUGAGCCUACCACGAAGGACUGUCCUGGAGGGCCGUCCUACACCAUGGAACCAGUCGAGCGGCGGUUGGUUAAUGACAACGUCCACCUUCGCCAGCGGAACGCAUGCCCAUUGAAGUCGGGAGCCAUGCAGGGUGCAAGUUGCAGGGUACCCAAGACGCGCUUCCGACUGGGCAUGUUGCCCACCCCCAUCCACGAGUGGCGCCUGCAGGGACUGCCUGAGGGGGUGCGACUGCUGGUGAAGCGCGAUGACCUGAGCGGCAUGCAGCUCAGCGGCAACAAGGUCCGCAAGUUGGAGUUCCUGCUGGCUGAGGCGGUGCAGGGCGGACAUGACUGCGUGGUGACCAUCGGCGGUAUCCAGUCCAACCACGCGCGAGCCACGGCAGUGGCGGCCAGGUACCUGGGUUUGGAUUGCCACCUCAUUCUGCGCACCAGUCGCCAGCGGGUGGGGGAUGAUCCGGGGCUGGUGGGUAACCUGCUGGUGGAGCGGCUGGUGGGGGCGGAGCUGCACCUGGUCACCAAAGAGGAGUACGGCAGUGUUGGCAGUACGGCACUGCUGGAGCAGCUACGGCAGGAGCUGGAGGCGGCUGGCAGGAAGCCGUACGUCAUUCCGGUGGGCGGAUCCAACCCGCUGGGUACCUGGGGAUACAUAGAGGCAGUAAACGAGAUCGUACAGCAGCUGCAGCAGCAGCCUCACCUGGGCCCAGUAACCGACAUCUGCAUGGCCUGCGGCAGUGGCGGCACCUCCGCUGGUCUUGCUCUGGGCUCCCACCUCAGUUCCCUAGGCGCACGGGUCCAUGCUUACGGUGUGUGUGACACGCCGGAGUACUUUUACAACUUCAUUGACGGACUUUUUGCUGGCUUGGGAGCGUCCUCGGCAGCAGCAACAACAUCCGCAGCAACAGCAGCAGCGGAAACGACAUCCGCAGCAACAGCAGCAGCGGAAGGGAAAGGCGGGACGUCAUCAAGCAUCAGUGUGGACGCGAGGUCGCUACUGCGUGUGGUGCAGUCCCGUGGGUCGGGCUACGCCAUUAGCACCGACGAAGAGCUUCGUACGACACAGGCUGUGUCCGCGGCCACUGGGGUGGUGUUGGAUCCAGUGUACGGCGGCAAGGCGGUGUACUGCAUGCUGCGGGAGAUGUACGACAACCCGCACGAGUGGCGCGGCCGCACCGUACUGUUCGUACACACAGGAGGUCUGCUGGGCAUGUACGACAAGCUCGAUCAGCUGGGUCCGCUGGUGCAGGCGCACGGGCCGCGGGUGGCGCGCAUGCAGGUGCAGGCGGUACCACGGCCGCCGCGGGAGGGGGAGUUGGGGGAGGAGCGCAGGACGUGAAGGAGGGGUGCAGGACGUGAUGUGGAGGGUGAAGGAAUCCACGCACGCACGUGUGCCUGGCCUGCAUGUGUGUUGCUGUUGAUAGCACAACAGCUCAACUGCAAUGUCAUGCCAGCCAGCAUAUAGGAAGUGUGCGCGGGCUUGUGCUAGCAUGCAUGCGUUGAAGUAAUUACGGUGUAGCAAUAAAACGGUUCUUCUCCAUUGGAAGU